UUUAUGCUAUUGUUCAUCACAAUCUCUGACUUUGAGUGAGACCAAGAUGAGUAGUGCAAUGAUCCGAAAGAAGAUACAGAGGAAGUUCAAGAUGGGUGGAUACACCCUUAAAGUGGAAGCCUUGAACGAGGUUCUUGCAUUUUUGAGCCGCUUCCAGGACGCUGAAGACGAAGCCAUUGACCUUCUUCUCGACGAACUUCAAAAUGAAUCCUUGAAAUCGUCUAUUUUGGACAAAGAGGCUGUGCAAAGAGUAGUGAAUCUUCUUCUUGAAGCGGAGGCAGCUGUUGAGGAAAAUCCAAGCUGCAGCAGCUCUGUUGCCGGUAGUAAAUCAGCUCUAAGGAUUGUUGACGCCUUCCUGAUCCCCAAAUUCCACUAUGAUUCCGUCAAAAAGACAUUCUACGAGCACACAGGAAAGCUUCCAAUUCAUGGCAAUGCUCCUGCAAAAGCCAGUUUAUACAGGGAGAGAUUCUUCUUGCUGUCCCAACAGCUCUCCCGUAAUCCACUUUUUACAAAACCUGCAUUUGAUAUGGAAAGUUCCAAGUUUGGAAGUUGUGAGAUAUCCCCAAUCCAGUGUCUUAUUGGACAAACAGGCAAAAGAUGGAUCAUGGGAUUAAUAUCACAAUUAGAGGAUGGCCACUUCUACUUAGAAGAUCUAACUGCAGCAGUUGAAAUCAAUUUGUCAAAUGCUAAAAUAACUACAGGAUUUUUCUCUGAAAAUACUAUUGUCUUAGCUGAAGGUGAGAUGCUUGUGGAAGGUAUCUUUCAGGUGAAAACAUGUGGAUUUCCUCCUUUGGAAGACAGAGAUAAGGCACAAGCAAUGUUUUCUGGACUUGACUUUUUUGGUGCUGGAAUGCUGACAAAAGAAGAAACUUUGAGACUCAGAGAUAUGGAAAUGAAAGCAACUAAUGACAUGAUCGUUAUACUUUCUGAUAUUUGGCUAGACAAUGCGGAGACCAUGAAAAAUCUUGCAACUAUGUUGGAUGGUUAUGAAAACUUGGAGGUGGUUCCUUGUUUAUUUGUUUUCAUGGGAAACUUCUGUUCACGACCAUGUAAUCUAUCAUUCAGUUCUUACUCAAGUCUGAGAUCACAAUUUGGAAGAUUCGGACAGUUGAUUGAAUCCCAUCCACGUCUUAAAGAGCAAAGUAGAUUCCUUUUCAUUCCAGGUCCUGAUGAUGUGGGACCUUCAAAUGUUCUACCCAGAUGUGGUUUGCCAAAUUCUAUAACUGAAGAGUUCCAAAAAUAUGUUCCCAAUUCGGUGUUUUCCAGCAAUCCUUGCAGGAUUAAGUAUUACACGCAAGAAAUUGUAUUUUUCCGGCAGGAUAUGCUUUAUAGGAUGCGGAGGUCAUGUUUGGUUCCCCCUUCAACAGAAGAGAGUAGCGAACCAUUUGAGCAUCUAGUUGCUACCAUAGCACACCAAAGCCAUCUUUGCCCAUUGCCGCUAAGUGUACUACCGGUUAUCUGGAAUUAUGAUCAUUGCCUUCAUCUUUAUCCUGUGCCACAUACGGUAGUGUUGGGGGACAAAAGUGAGCAAAAGGAAUUCAGUUAUGCUGGGACCAAAUACUUCAAUCCUGGCUCAUUCUCAAAUGAUAGCACUUUUGUAGCAUAUCGACCUUGUAGUAAUGAAGUCGAUUUAUGUUCCUUGUAGUAAUGAGGUCGAGUUUCGCUUCAUUAGGACUAAACAUUUAUUUAGUUUUUAGUAAUCGGUUGCUUGCUUGAUUGAUGUAGUUAGCAGUUACUUAAUGUCUUGUAUUUUACUCAUGAAUGAUAAUAUGUUAAAAUUGUAAGUUUAUAUUUGCUGCAGUUGUGCUUACAAAGCCUUUAACAUU